UGCAGAUAGAUGUUUGCUCCUCGGUUUAUCAGAACCUAGCGAGAGUGGUGCGAGAAUUAAAUUAGAGGAGGGCGGGCAUCAGCCAUGGCAGUAGCAAUGAGCUACUGCUGCAGCAAGCCUUCCCCAUUUCUGGGUCGAUACCCAACUCGUUUUCAUUUGGGGAAAUCAAAACCUGGACAAGUUGCUGUUCAGGCGCCUAGAAUCAGUGCAUUAUUUUGGGGAGCUAAAAAGUCCCCGGAGCCAAAAGAAAUAGAGACCAAUCUUUCACUUGGGGAAUUCACUUUGACAGGCCCAGAGGGAGGAAUCUCAGAGGGGAAGCCUAGUAAGAUAUCGGUUUCAGUCAUUUCUUCAAUCUCUGAGGUCUCAUCCUCUGACUGGGAUGCGUGCAGUUUGGAUGCUACCGGCCCUGAUAAAUAUAACCCAUUUCUUACUCAUGCUUUUCUUUCAAGCUUGGAACACUCGGCUUCUGCAGUCAAGGAAACAGGAUGGAUUCCAAGCCAUAUCGUUGCUAAGGAUGCAAAUGAAAAUACUUUAGGUGUUGUUCCACUUUAUCUUAAAAGUCAUUCUUAUGGUGAAUUUGUUUUUGAUCAUUCCUGGGCUGAUGCAUGCUAUAGUUUUGGGUCAAGAUAUUAUCCAAAGUUACAAUGUUGUGUCCCUUUUACUCCAGUAACUGGCCCAAGGAUUUUAGUACGGAAUACCUUGUUCAAAGAUCAAGUUUUUGACAUCAUAGUUUCUGCUCUCAAGGAUCUGACGGCCAAGUACCAGAUUUCAUCACUGCACAUUACCUUCCCAUCUGAAAAGGAGUGGGACAAACUGAGUGAAAAGGGGUUUCUACAAAGAAUUGGAAUGCAGUACCAUUGGAAAAAUCGUAAUUAUAAAAAUUUUGAUGAGUUCUUGAUGGACAUGAAGCAAAGUAAAAGGAAAAAUAUUCGUCAAGAGCGGAAGAAGAUUUUGCAGCAGAAUUUGACUAUGAAACGGUUGCAAGGCGAUGAAAUAAAGGCUAGACACUGGGAUGCCUUCUAUAACUUCUACCGCAACACCACUGACAACAAGUGGGGUACCCCGUACCUGACUAGGGAAUUCUUUCACAACAUAGGGUCAAAGAUGGGAGAUCAGGUACUCCUUGUUGUUGCUGAAGAGGGGGAUGAGCUUGUUGCUGGAGCUCUUAAUCUUAUUGGAGGAGACACGUUAUUUGGACGCCUAUGGGGAUGCCAUCCCCGAGCUUAUUAUCCAAGCUUGCAUUUUGAAGCAUGCUAUUACCAGGCAAUAGAAGCUGCAAUCGAACUUGAUUUAAGCACAGUGGAGGCAGGAGCGCAGGGUGAGCAUAAGAUUCAGAGGGGUUAUAUGCCUGUGGCCACGUAUAGCUGCCAUUACCUGAUUAAUCAAAGUUUCAGGAAGGCCAUAGAGGACUUUCUUGUGCGUGAAUCAACUCAGGUUAAGCUCGUGAUGAAACUACUGCAUGAUUCUGGUCCUUUUAAGGAAGGUGUACACUAAUGUAUUGAUAUGGUUUACGAGAAGCAGAUAUUGGUACUUCGUAAAUUGUGGACGGAAGUCUUUUUUUUCUUUUUGUACUGAAAAUUGCACUGGCAGAUUCUGUACAUAAUUACAGUAACUAACUAAAACUUGUAUAGCUGGUUUCAUGUAUAAUCAUUGAAAGUGUGGGGAUAGUACCUCCCAACCAUUUGCUCA